CUCUUACAUGGUGCCUCAUCUACCCAUCACUAGUGUAUAACAAUGGGACAGCUCAGGUUUGGAUACCAUGUUAGGGAGGUCUGAUAGUUUGCAUGAUGAAGAAUGUGGCCGGUGAAGGUAGCAGAAAAAAGGAAAAGAAAAAAAGACGACUGAAUAGGUUCAUGGAUGUGGUGACCUUAGGUGUGAGUAAAGGAUGAACUAGAGAGGUGGUGGACGUGCUGUGGCAAGACCCGAUGGAAGAAGAAGAAGGCUCAGUCAGUCCUCAGUUCUUUGAUUUGUCCCAGUUCUGCACAGUGGUGCAUGUAAAUACAAUAUAUUUUCUACUAUUAUUUAGGUUAUAUAAGUUGCUCACAAAGUGUUGACAAAGAAAAACAGAACGAGAAGCUUCUUUUUAUGUGAGGCGUGUAGAGCCUAUAAUUCCAAAACAAAUGUUUAAAUUCUGUGAACUGUUGCCUCUAUAUAUUUGUCGUACACAUUUAUAGCAAUCAUUGUCACCGCGAAAAGUUUCUUUUCCUCAUUAGCAACAUCCUCUAUUUGUUUUUUACACUUGAUGCAUUCCAUUCUUCCAAAAAAAAAAAAUGCCUGAAAAAAUCUCUCACUCUUUGUUUUUUUGUUGUUGAUGACUAACUACAAGUCUUGUGUUGCGUAAUGGAUCAUUACUUCGCAAGUAAAAUAGAUGAUGGCAGAAGAAGCGCAGAAGCUGUGUGGUCAGUGAAGGAGAAAGAUCGUCUGCAAUCCAACGGGAGAAGAGCGAGCGGAGCAGAAAAUCUGACUGUGUGGAACAAAUAAAGAAGUGAGGAGUUCCACACCGACGUGAUUAGAUGAGCCUGACGGAUCGCACCGCACCUAUGAUUGUGAGUCUUGGCACUGAGAGAGUCUCUCACUCGUGUGUCUGAACGAGGACGUUGCCAGUCGGAGCAAAACAGAGGAGCAAACACUGAAGUAGUCGUCAGUGUUUUCUCCGCUCGACUUGUCAAUUUGACUUGGUUCUGUUGUUUGCUUCCAAAAGGUUCAGUCACAAGGUUAACUGGUGAAAUGUAGGCUGGCACCACCUGGCUAUGAUGGAUACUUUAUUCUGAAGCCCAUGAGUAUGAUCAGAUACUAUAAAUGUCGCCAUGUUGAUCAAGGUCAAAGGCCACUGGAGGCUGCUGGACUUGCUGACGGGUUGAAGAUCUGGUUGCUUAAUUUCAAUCCUCUUGGCAUGAAUGAGAACCAACAUGUGGUCGUGAUCUACACACCUAGUUCUGAAUAGGUCUGCUUUUCAAGAGAAACCAACCGGAAAACGGCACCAUGAAAACCAAGGAGCUAAACAAACACCUCACCACGAAAGGAUCCAGGAAGCAUCCGGCUAGAUUGUUGGACAAACUAUUGCUCAUUCCGUUCAAUAGGGAACACGGCAGCUCUGCCUCCCACUGCCUUAUCUUUGAAGGAGGACAAUGUGGAUGUAACUAUUUACCUGGUGAAUGUAGUAUUUUUAGACAGAAAGUAAACUAUUAUGAUUAACUGAAGAAUGGGAUGAAGAAGGCUUCAGAAACAGCAUACAGUUUACUCAAAGCUGUGGCAUCGACAUCGGAGACAAAACCUUAGCAGAAGAGCGGUGAUGCGUCCCACAGAAACUGCAGUAAAUGUAUCCACCUUUUGAGCUCAAGCUCCUUCUUAGCGUCACUCAUCAACAAACCCCACAAUGCAUGUGCUUGCCCUCUGGCUGGGAUUGAAUUUGUACUCCAAAGUUUGAUGACAACCAGUCAGUCGCGCUCCCCCUGGUGGCAUGCCUCCACAUGUCCCCCAGCCACGCAAAGAGUUAAUACUCAGUGGCAGAAUAUUUAACAGGCCGUAUCGGCACCUGAUAACAGACGGGCUGCUGUAACACAAACUCUCCUUUGUUAAGCCAACACAUAGAUUGUUCAUGGUCGCAGAGAGCGAGCGAGCAAGAGAGAGAGAGAGAGUGACUGUCAGUGGUGCUGCGGUGAAGCAGGAAGAGACAAGCCACAUGUAGUCCAGUUUGACAAACCCGUUUGUCUUGAGUGCAUGAAGAGGAGUGUCUGUUUACUACCAGAGAGCGAGCCUGACGUGAGUGAAGACACACACUAUGUGAGCGAAUCUUUUUUGUGGCUGUGUGGAUACACUCUAAACCAGGGAUUAAUAAAACCAUCAGAAGUUGGAUGUUUCCCACCAUCACCAUGGAAACGGAGGCGAGUCACAUGCUGGAGGCAGCUCUGGAGCAGAUGGACGACAUCAUCGCAGGUUCUAAAGCGGCAGCUGUGGUGGAGUACUCCAACAGCUUGUACAAUCUGGGUUCCCCUCUGAGCACCGGCCCGCUACAGGUGGUCCAGCUGGCUGAGGACCUCAAACUGGCUCUGGAGAUGGAACCCAGCCUGGAGGAGCGGGAGAACCUGCGAGCACAGAUACCUGCAGAGACGACUCGAGCUCUGCUGGACUGGCUACAGACUCCAGACGUGAACCUGUGUUCCACAGCCAACAAUGAAAGCUACCAAGAACGACUGCUUCGCUUAGAAGGAGACAAGGAGACUUUGGUUCUACAGGUGAGCGUGCUGACUGACCAGGUGGAGGCCCAGGGGGAGAAGAUAAGAGAUCUAGAAACUUCUUUGGAGGAGUAUCGACAGAAACUAGCCUCGACUGAAGAGAUGCUGCAACAGGAGCUGAUAAGCAGAACCUCGCUGGAGACUCAGAAGCUGGAUCUGAUGGACGAGGUCUCGUACCUCAAGCUGAAGCUGGUCGGCAUGGAGGAGACUCGAGCCGACGCACGUCCUCAAGAUCCCGUUGACACCAAGCAGAACAAAGCCGAGUGUGUGGUCAACCUCAUCAGCGAGCUGCAGGAGCAGAUGUGCAGGUUUCAGGAGGAGAUCAGCACCAGAAUCCAGGAGAAGAAGGCCCUGGAAGAGAGGGAGGCCCAGCAGGGGGGCGGCAGGUCUGGUGGUGCAGACCUGGAUGCCUGGAUGCACAAUGGAGGAGAGACUGAACAUGAUUUGGAGCAGGAGGUGAUGCAGCUCCGGGGCAAAGUGGAGGAGCUGGAAGGGGAGAAGAGCCAGUACGAGAGGAGGCUGCGAGCCACAAAGCUCUCCAUCUCUUACUCUCUGCAUGUGUGUUACCAGUCGCUCAUGACUCAGCUGACCAGCCUCAAGCUGACUGUGGAGCACACACAGCUGGAGAAGCAGCAGUGGGAGGAGCAGUGGCGCAGCGCGCAGACGGAAAUGUCGGAGCUGCAGCAGCUUCUUGCCACCAAAGAUGCUGAGAUCGAGUGCCUGCAGACUCAACUCCUGGCCAGAGGAAGCUCUGCCAACGACAACGCAGAGAGAGAGGAGAUCUAUAUCAAGCAGCUAAUAAACAAAUACCAUGAAUACCACCGGCUGAAGGUGGGGAUGGAGUCCCUGUUGGCCUCCAAUAAUGAGAAGGACCGUCGGAUCGAGGAGCUCACCAUUCUGAUCAGCCAGUACAGAAAGAUGAGGGAGCUCGCCAUGUUCACUCAAGGAAGCAGUGAAGAGGAGCUGAGCGGCAGUUUGAAGCUGAGAGCCAUCACACACAAAGCUCACUCGGACAUUGUCAGAUCCGAGAUGUCAUCUCGAGGAUCCUCGCCUCUUCUCUUGUCUUCUUCUCCGUAUCAGAGAGAGCUGGACUUGAGCUCCAGCUUCCACAACUCUCUGGACACUUCGCUCAUGUCCCCCGCAGACACACACUACCUGAACGGACUGUGGCAUCAGCGUCGCUUGUUGUCCAGCAGUCUGGAGGAGCUCCAGAGCGGAUCCAUGCAGAAGCCGUUACAGAUCCAGCCCAUAGAAAGUGAUUCAGACGUAGUGGGAGAGAAUCUGUCCCUGCAGCUGAGCAAGUACCAGACUCUUCCGGGGAAGCUGAACAAGAACAAGGAGCUGAGGGCUCAGCUCAACGGCACCCGGCCGUCGGACGGAGAGUAUCUGACUCCCAUCCAGCUCUCUCCGGUCCACAACCACGAGUCCGACUACAGUCUCAUGCGCUGCAGGAGCGCUCCGGCUUUAGAACGUCCAGAGAAGCUGGAAGAGUGCAUCCUGUCUGACCAGUCCCCCCAGUCCUCGGGCGUGGACUCUGGUCAGCAGUCUCCGGUCUCUCCAGAGAACAGGAAAACCCACAGAGGCAUCAAGAAGCUCUGGGGGAAGAUUCGUCGCAGCCAGUCCGGCAGUCCGGUCCAGGUCCAGGACCAGGACAUGGGAGAGUUCAAGAGGGGCGGGUACCGAGCCACGGCUGGACCUCGACUGGCCCGAGCAGCAAACGCACGCGAACUGAAGAUCCACUUCUCCAAGUGGAACACAGAUCAGGUGUGCGACUGGAUGGAGGACCUGGGACUGGGACAGUACAACAUGAUGGCUCGCAACUGGGUCACCAGUGGUCAGACCCUCAUAUCGGCCAGCUCCCUGGAUCUGGAGAAGGAAAUGGCCCUGAAGAAUCCACUGCACAGGAAGAAGCUGCAGUUGGCUGUUAAGAAUCUGAGCAGCAAACAGCGGGAGAGGUCUGCAGAGCUGGACUACGUCUGGGUCACUCGCUGGCUGGACGACAUCGGUCUGCCCCAGUACAAAGACCAGUUCAACGAGGGACGAGUGGACGGGCAGAUGCUGCAGUACCUCACCGUGAACGACUUGUUGUUCCUGAAAGUCACGAGCCAGCUGCACCACCUCAGCAUCAAGUGCGCCAUCCAUGUCCUCCACGUCAACAAGUUCAACCCCAACUGCCUCAAACGGCGACCCGGCACCGAGAGCCAGUUCAGUGCCAGCGAGGUGGUCCAGUGGUCCAACCACCGGGUCAUGGAGUGGCUCCGAUCAGUGGACCUGGCGGAAUACGCUCCCAACCUGAGGGGCAGCGGCGUCCACGGAGGCCUGGUGAUGCUGGAGCCUCGCUUCAACUCGGAGACUCUGGCCAUGCUGCUCAACAUCCCGCCUCAGAAGACGCUGCUGCGCCGGCACCUGGCCACCAACUUCAGCAGCCUGGUGGGCGCUCAGGCCCAGCAGGAGAAGAGAGAGUACACAGAGGCCUCCGGCUACCUGCCGCUCAACAUCACCGCUAAAGUCAAGCCGAAGAAGUUGGCCUUCUCCAACCUGACACACCUGAGGCGGCGCCGCUCCGACGAGCCCGCGGACUACGUGUGCCCCAUCGAGUCGCCGCCAGGUCAGACGGCCCCGACUGGCGCGCAGAUGCGUCCGCUCACUGGCUACUGCGGCCUGAGUCCCAUCCUGGACCGGGAGGGCGGCUACUGCAGGGAGGGGGCGCCGGACGGCUCGGACGUCUCGCCAUGACUGAACACAUCACAGCAAUAACGUCGGCGCCGCAGACCAAAUACGUCACACAUUCCCUCCAGCCAAUCACUGCUCUGGUGCUUGUUGCCCCGCCCCCUCCAGGUCGCCCCCUGGUGCCUUACACACCUCGAUCAACACACACACACUUGAACUGUGCCAUGAUGCCGCCGACCGCCAUGUUCUGGACUUCCUGUGACAUCACUUCCUGGUAUUAACUGCUCUAACAUUAGUGACGUGUGUGUGUCUAGUGUUUCCUGUCACAUGACCAGAUGAACUUAUAUUUAUAAAUGUGCGAGUAAUUUAAUAUUUAAGUGGUUGGAUGGCGGCGACGGAGAGUGUUUUUGUACGCAACUGCAAUAACAAUAUUUUUUUAUAUGAGGUGUAGUUUGUAGCAGAAAUAAAGAUCCAGCUCUUCCUGUCUCCAGCACUCCGGUUUCCUCCCACUUGACUGAAGAUUGUUGCCAAGGAAACAGAGCGUCAACAACACGACCUCUGGCUCAAACAUGUUUUACAUAUUUACACAUGAUUCGAAGGCUAGUCAUGACUGAGACGAAUGGAUGAAUGGCAGAGGACAGACGUGUGAGGGUGGAAUGGAUGAAUCCGGACUGGAUGAAUGACUGAAUGAUGUAUGUGGUUGAUGAUAUUAACAAGUGAAAGAUGAAUGGAUGCAUUGAUGGAAUACAUUUUUGAACGGACCUAUUUAAUGAGCGAAUGAACUGAGGGUGAACUGGUGAAUAUGUUCAAAAUUCAAGGUGGCAGUGUUGAAUGGGAGCCAGAAUAAUAGGUUGUUGAUAAAGUCAAACUACAUGAGCGGUGUGAGGAUGAUGAACGUGUUCAUAGAAGCUGGUUUGAUGAAAGGGUGAAUGGUUGGAUGUGUUAAACAGAUGGACUGAUGUUUUGGUCGAUAUUGGAAGGGACAAUCGAGAGGAUGUCAGGUGAGUGAAUGGAUGAAUAGAUCAAUGAACGCGAGUCGCCCUGAACAAAAUUCAAGCAUGUGUUGAGCCGUGUGUCUGAGGUGCA